CCUCAAUCCAUGGCAGUGCUUUCAUGUAUUCUGAAAAGUUUUAAAUCACUUUGUUGACAAAGUACAUAUUUUUUGGCUCUUUGUCGACUAGUGCAGGUCAAUGUUUUGGAAAGCUCAUUAUAUAUUUUGUGAAGAAGGUCGCGUGAUAAAACCGGACAAAGCUCAAACUCAAAGUGGCCUUGACCUGACAUGCACAGGUACAGGUUUGGGCAAAAAGCAUAGCAGAAGAAGCAAAAUGGCAAUGUUAGUACUUGGUGUAGUUUGUCUGUUACUUGCGCACGUAUCGGCAAGUCCCCCUAAGAAGAAUGCUCUGGUUAUCAUAGCUGAUGAUGCAGGCUUCGAGACCCAAGUCUACAACAACAGCGUCUGCAAGACGCCCAACAUCGACCAGUUGGCGCAGAGCAGCGUCGUCAUCCGCCACGCCUACACCUCGGUCAGUAGCUGCUCGCCUAGCCGGUCGGCCAUCCUGACGGGCCUGCCCCAGCACCAGAAUGGCAUGUACGGCCUGGAGCACACGGUCCAUCACUUCCGCUCUUUUGACGCUGUUCAGACCCUGCCGGUCAUACUGAAACCGGCAGGAAUAAAGACAGCGAUCAUAGGCAAGAAGCAUGUGGCUCCUGCCGAAGUCUACAAGUUUGACUACGAAGAGACAGAGUUCAACAACCCCAUGCUGCAGUGUGCCCGCAACAUCACUCGUAUGAAGGAGUUUGUGCAGACCUUUUUGAGCACAAACACAACCAAGCCUUUUCUGCUCUACAUUGGGUUUAAAGACCCUCAUCGGGCAGGCCCGACUGACAUACCAAAAUAUGGGCAAUUUGCGGAACGCUUUGGCAACGGCCAGCCGGGGAUGGGGGACAUCACGGAUUGGAAGCCGGCUCAAUAUGAACCAUCUGAUGUGAUUGUGCCUCCGUAUCUGCCAGAUACCCUGGCGACAAGAACGGAUAUUGCGGCACAGUAUACCUCAAUCAGCAGGAUGGAUGCAGGUGUCGGCAUGCUUUUGAAGGAGUUGCAAGCUUUCGGCCACCUCAACGACACCCUCAUCAUCUACACGGCCGAUAACGGCAUCCCCUUCCCCAACGCCAAGACCAACCUGUACGAGCCAGGCAUGGGGGAGCCCAUGAUGGUCUCCAACCCUUACGUCAAGCAACGCUGGGGCCAAUACAGCGAGGCCAUAACCAGCACUACUGACAUUGUGCCCACAGUUCUGGACUGGUUCGGGGUAUCCUACCCGGACUAUGUCCUCGAGGGCAAGAAAGUCACCCUAACGGGCAAGUCCAUGCUUCCCAUCACUUCAGCCGAGCCAACUGGCUGGGAUCACAUCUUCUCGAGCCACAACUUCCACGAGGUGACCAUGUACUACCCCAUGCGGGUCAUGCGGGACCGGCAGUACCGACUGAUCCACAAUAUGAACUACCGGGCCCCGUACCCCAUCGCGCAAGACCUGGCCGCGUGCCCGACUUUCAUCGACAUCCUGAACAACACGGCAGCUGGCAAGCCCACCAAGUGGUAUAAGACCCUGGACCAGUACUACUAUCGACCUGAAUGGGAGCUGUACGACGUUACCAAUGACCCCUUGGAGAAGGUCAACCUGGCGUAUGAUGCUGCCCACAAGUCCACCUUGGAAGCCAUGCAGACGGCAGUCUGUGACUGGCGCCACGCAACCAACGAUCCCUGGCGAUGCUUCCCCGAAGGUGUCAUCCACGGACCCAAGUGCAUCGAUCUGCAAAAUGAGCCCCCUAAAAAUAAAUACGCUAAAGAAUACAAUGGAAACUAGUGAGAACACACUGAUACAGACCACUGAUAUGAUUCUUUCUUACAUUUUUUAUAUGGUAUUGGAGAAAAUGUAAAAGAAUUGACUCUUGGAGUUAAUGUUUGAUUUUAAUGGAUAUUAAUGGAGUUAUAUUAUUGGGGCUUAAAAAGUCAUUUUUCAUCCCACCUAUACUCCUUUUUUUAUGAUUAUGUACUCAUUUUGGAAGUUAAAAAGGUGUAAAUGGGAAUGUGGCAAAGGAGUCAUGUGUUUUCUUGUGACGAUUUGUUGGUCAUCACUUUGUCAUUCCUAAGCGAAACAUUUCAUACUUUUUGUUCAUUUGAUACUUGAUUUAGAGUGUUGUUCUUCUUGUAUGUCCCCACCUUUAGCCAAACUUAUUUGGGGUCAUUUUUAAAAUAAAUUUCUAUGAAAAGCAUGAUUGGAUGUUCCAAAAGGCGUUUGUCAAAUGUCACGCAACUUUCUGUGCUACUUCCCUAUAUUUUUGUACAAAUGUUCUAGGUGUUUGGAGUUCGUCAUAUCAUGACAUUCUUUAUGGGGGAAAAUGGAGUGUUUUGUUGUUAAGGAGGUAGUACUUAGGUAUAGGUAAACUUUUUGUUGGGAGUGUUCAGCCUUACUUUCUAUGCUAUGCACAACAGUUUCUUUUGAUUCGGUUGUCAACAAAUGACAAAUCAUGAAAGAAAAUAAAUCUUCAGCUUUUGGAUUUUUAGUUUGAUUCAUCAGUUGUUUAUACAUUAAUCUACUGAUUUAAAGAGGCAACAAUAAGUUGUCUCGUCUCACAUUUUUUAUAUAACUAUACAGAUUUUUUUUUUAUUCUUGUUAUAUUUUUCUUUAUCCGCAUAAUAAAAAGUUUUCUUUUUGUAUUUUCUGUAUUCUGAAAUAGGGUCACCAUACAAUCCAAAAAGUUGGAUGGUAAUGACAAUUGGUAGACGCAAUAUGUCUAUGACGUGCCAUGUAAUGGUUGGCAAUAUUCACGUUUUGUAGAAAGUGAAGUCAACCUUUUAUAAUACUGUAUGUAAUGCUGGGUUGUUUGCAGUAAGCCUAUGUAUACCGCACCUAAACAGAAGUACAUGUAAAUAGAAAACGGUUAUCCGUAGCUAAAAGCAAGAAGACGUAAUCAUAUAGCUUUUAAUUAACGAUUAUUCCUUACUAUUUCAAAAGUACUUUAAAACUACCUCAUAGUCUUGUUCAAGUAUAAUGAACCAUUGAUCCAACAUAAAUGCAUUGUUGUCCAAAUUAUUAUUUUUUUUCGAUUGCCAAUAACAUGACCUCUGUAAGGCUGUGAGCUACAUUAUCAUUUUUGUGAUGCGUUAAAUUUUAUUUUCAUGUCGGUAUAUUUUGGUAAACUGUUGAUACAAUAAAACAGAACACAAAUUGCAAAUGAAAA